CUCUUCCUCAGCAGCAGCAGCAGUAGACGUGUUGUGAGUGCAGCAGCACAAGCAGAAACGGCACCUGUCAUUUUAUUAGGAACCCUCACCGUAGCCAUUUGUUUGUAGAUUUUGGGAGGAGGGAGGGGGGGCGGCAAGGACCUCGAAGAUCCACACAGUGCUGCACACCUCAUGGCGUCUUGUGCAGAAUCUGGCGGCUGUGAGCGUUACGCGUCGGUAAGUUCCUGUGAUUUUUUUUUUCUCGCCCCACAGCGCGCCUUCACUGAUGUAGAAGAUCAAUGAAGACUGACGUGGAAAAAAAAUGCUUUUAGCAUUCAUGACCCUUGAUGCUAAAGUGUGUCUGCAGAGGAGGCAGUGCAUCGUGGACAACACAUACCACCACAGGGACACGUGCACAGAGAAGGAGAUCUUCAGAGAACACAAUGAGAGACUUGGUCCUGGCUGUGAUGCUCCUGCUGCCUCUGACUCCUUUUGUCCUUGGCUGUGGGACAACCUGACCUGCUGGCAGGCGGCCAGCGUGGGUGAGGUGGUGGUGGUCAACUGCCCAGAAUUCUUUCACGACCUCAUGGGCCCAGAGGACGAGAUGGGGAAGGUGAGUCGUAACUGUACCGAGGACGGCUGGUCUGAACCGUUCCCUCACUACCUGGAUGUCUGUCUCUUCUACGACAACGCCACUAAACCUGACAUGUACUACGCCUCCGUCAAGGCGCUGUACACGGUUGGCUACAGCACGUCUCUGGUGUCUCUGACCACAGCCAUGGUCAUUCUCUGCAGGUUCAGGAAGCUCCACUGCACCAGGAACUUCAUCCACAUGAACCUGUUUGUGUCCUUCAUGCUGAGAGCCAUCUCUGUCUUCAUCAAGGACGGCGUGCUGUACGCGCAGGAGGACAGCGACCACUGCUUUGUGCACACGGUGGCUUGUAAAGCUGUGAUGGUUUUCUUCCACUACUGUGUCAUGUCCAACUACUUCUGGCUCUUCAUCGAAGGCCUGUACCUCUUCACGCUGCUGGUGGAGACCUUCUUUCCUGAGAGGCGAUACUUCUAUUGGUACACCAUCGUCGGGUGGGGAACUCCCACUAUUUGUGUGACCGUCUGGGCUGUACUCAGGCUCCAUUUUCAUGACACUGGAUGCUGGGAUACAAAUGAGAACACUGCCCUCUGGUGGGUGAUCAAGGGACCAGUCGUGGCUUCCAUCAUGAUCAAUUUUGUUCUCUUUAUUGGAAUUAUCAUUAUCCUGGUCCAGAAGCUUCAAUCUCCCGACAUCGGCGGCAACGAAUCCAGCAUUUACCUCAGCUGUGCUCAGAAAUGCUUCAGUGAGCCCUCACAGGCUGUUCAGCAUUCGUGCAGGAUGUCAGAGUUAUCCACCAUCACACUGCGUCUGGCUCGUUCCACCCUCCUGCUUAUCCCUCUGUUUGGAAUUCACUACACCGUCUUUGCCUUCUCCCCCGAGGACGUCAGCAAGAGGGAGCGUCUGGUCUUUGAGCUGGGACUGGGGUCCUUCCAGGGUUUUGUGGUGGCUGUCCUCUACUGCUUCCUCAAUGGAGAGUUUCUCCCUGAAGGUGCAGUCAGAGAUCAAGAGGAAAUGGCGCAGCUGGACCGUGAACCGGUACUUUGCUGUGGACCUGAAGCAGCAGAGGCACCCUUCGUUGGCCAGCAGUGGAGUGAACGGCGGGACGCAGCUCUCCAUCCUGAGCAAGAGCAGCUCCCAGAUCCGCAUGUCCAGCCCCCUGGCGGAGAGCGCCAACAUCAGCCUGCCAACCUGAGUGUGUGAGCGUGACGUCGCUGUGACGACAAGCCGACACAGUCUUGAAUGAUGAAUCCACACUGAGGCAGAAGAGACCAAAGUGCCCCCCACCCACACCCACCCACACAUACACACACACAUACAGUACUUCUAACAGCAUUUAAUGACAGAAUUUCUUUACUUUUCCUGAUUUAACCAUCCUUUUUUUAGCACUUAGCAAUCAAAUCACAUCCCUCCAUUCCAUUUUGGACUACUGAGGAUUUAGAAAUCCACUUUUUUGUUCCAUUUUUAAAGCCAUUUUAAUGAACUGUGAUGAUCCAAUAUCGUACUAUAGGGGUCCUGUUUUGGCUUUGUGUACAGUCGGUGUGCUGCAAAGUGCCAUAGACGUCGCCUGAAUCCAAAGGUUUAAAAACACAAAAAAGAAACAUCAGCCUUGCUUGUAUGUACAUAUAAUGCUCAUUGUUUCAAUGUUGCAUUCUACUUUUUUCUACAAACAGCCGUAAAGUACCGAGUAUGUCAAAAGAUAGUGGGAUAUCAAAACAAAAAGCCCAACUCACAGACUUUGUAAAUAGAUUUCGUUAUUUAUUUUUUGCGUUAUCAUGUCAUGACAUGCAGUCCAAAUCUAUAGACUUCAUCAAGAAAUAU